AUGACCACAGGACUGGGGGUAGGGACAAGGAGCUGCCUGUGGGCACAUGAGGACUGGGGACCACCCUGGCAUACUAACUAUGAGGCUGGGAACAGCUGGAUCAUUCUGGACCACAGUAGGCGCUGUUUCUACACAGGACUGGCUGAUUCUUUGGGGCUGCUGCUAGAAGCCCUUUGUCGCGGCCCGGCCGUGAGCGGCGCGCAGCAUGGGCAGGUGCUGCUUCUACACGGCGGGGACGCUGUCCCUGCUGCUGCUGGUGACCAGCGUCACGCUGCUGGUGGCCCGGGUCUUCCAGAAGGCCGUGGACCAGGGCAUCGAGAAGAAUACUGUGUUGAGAAAUGGCACCGCAGUCUUCGACUCCUGGGAGAAGCCCCCUCUGCCCGUGUACAUCCAGUUCCCUUUCUUCAAUAUCACCAACCCAGAGGAGAUCCUCAGAGGGGAGACUCCUCAGGUGGAAGAAGUGGGGCCAUAUAUCUACAGUCUGUAACUGUGACAGCAACAAAUUCAGACACAGCAAAUGACAUAAUCAACAAGGCACUACCUAUGCUAGGAAUAACUGGCUCUGAGAAAUAUUACCAGUUGUGGGUCAGUUCUGGCAAGAAAGAGGCUCCAUUCCCUCUCAUUGGACAUGAACAACCCUAUAAAAUUCACAUGAGCCUCCUUCAAACCACUGGGCUCCUGCCAGAGAACUCCAUCUCUCCUACCCUCCAGGAGCCCAUCCAGGAGCAGCCAUCCCUAGACAUGCAAGGUGGUUCAUCCUGAAGCCCAGGCACCUAUCUAAAGGCCAGCAGGAAAGUGAAUCAGAUCAGAAGAUGGUGAAGAAGAGAUGGCCAAUAAUGAACUGGGCCUUUUGUCAGCAAUCCAAUACCUGCAAGAAGAUGGUCGAUGAUAAACUGGGCACUGGGCAUCUCAGCCUCCAGAGUGAAGAGGCUCCACCAGGCCCAAAGCCUGAACAGCUCUUUGGUGUUCCUCUCAGUGAUGUUUGUAAAAAUGACAACCUGACAACUCCUGUUCUAGUAGGUUUUGUUUUGGUCUUCCAUAGUCUUCUUAAGGAGACAGAAUUCUGGGGAGUCGAGUGGUCUCAUCCAAAACUCACCACUAAAUGGAAAGAUCAUUAGACAAUCAUUAGUUUGGCAGAAGUUUGUCAAGGUUAUUUAGAGUAAUAAAAAUCUGAUUUUGGUACUGUAGGAUCAUAAGACAAACACAAGAGAGAAAACUACUCUGGUUUCAACAAAGACUCACAUACACUUGCUCGCAUAAAUCAGAAUAGUCUCUGUGUGAAUGAGUCUCUGUGGCUUCCCCUCCCCUCACAUUCUCCCUUGGGCUUCUUUCUUGAACUCUACACAAGUGUCGAGUCUCCUUUGCUUACAUGUUGACCUGAGACUACUCAAGCUUACAGUUCAAAAUAUCUCACGUGUGUUUUAUUUAUAUUUCAAGUAUUUAAGCAUAGAAAAUUAUCUCUUGGCAUAUAUUCACCCUCUUAUCUUAAAAGACUGUAUCAAAUUAAAGGCUCAGAGAUUGGCCUGUGUUAUUUCAAGUGAAUGCACUAAAUACUCAGUGGUAACAUUGAGUGUCUCAUAUCUCAUCAAGCACUAUACUAGAUAUAGGGAAUUUUAUACCUGAUGUGAAGGAAUGUAUCAUUUCAGGUAAAUGCUGGAUACGGCCACAGACCUUGCUUCUUUUCCAAUAAAUUUGGGGGGUGGCUGUGAUUAUCAUUGUCCCUAAUUCACAAAUUCUUUUUUUAAAAAAGCUUGAAUAAAGUUGUAUAUUGUGCCCUAAGAUCACACAACAAAUAAACUACACGCUAAAUACAAA